CAAUGAUGACAAAAUGAUGCAAUUUAUUAAUGAUAAAAUAAUGCAGCCUGGUAUCAAUAAUAACAGCAACAAUGAAGUAAUGCAGCCUGAUAUCAAUAACAGCAGCAAUGACGAAAUAAUGCAACCUGGUAUUGAUAACAGCAGCAACAACAAAAUAAUGCCUGGUAUUAAUGACAGUACCAACAAUAUAAUAACACAGUCUAAUAUCAAUAAAAGCAACAAUAACGAAGUUAUGCAGCCCAGCAACAACAGCAAAAUAAUGCAGUCUAGCAGUAACA